CCCUUCCAUUCAUUUUCACGUCACACAAUUCUAGGCCAGGAAGAUGUCGAAGCUCGUGUCUCUCUUCUCCAUCGUAGCGCUCGUGACAAUGUCCCUUCUCUCCUUCUCUGAAGCUCGUCCCAUCGCUACAUCCACCGCCACUUUCCUCGACCUCAACCAUAUCGCGCAUCAGGUCGUUUCUGAAAAGAGUCACGACGAUGUUUGCGAGGGAGGAGAGACAAUGGAGUGCCUGGCUAGAAGCACGUUCGAGGCUCAUACCGAUUACAUCUAUACCGAUGAUACCAAGUCAUGAGUGGCUGUAUUCCGACCAUUGCGUUCAUAAUUCACCACACAUUCCUCUGAAAAAAUGAGGAUACAUUAUUAUUCCUCUGAUUAAUACAGUUUGAUAAUCAAAUAAUAUUAAUAAUUAUUUUUAUA